AUGUAUCAUCCAACUAGAGGCGGCGUCCGUGGCGGUCGAGAUCAGUUCACUUGGGAUGAUGUAAAAGCUGAUAAACACAGGGAGAACUAUCUAGGUCAUAGUGUCAAGGCCCCUGUUGGUAGAUGGCAGAAAGGAAAAGACCUUUUUUGGUAUACUAGGGAUAAAAAGUCCGAGAGUGCAGAAAUGGAGGCUGCAAAAGAAGAGAUUAAAAGAAUUAAGGAAGAGGAGGAGCAGUCAAUGAGGGAAGCUCUUGGUUUAGCUCCUAAGCGUGCUAGUCGUCCUCAAGGUAACCGUCUUGAUAAACAUGAAUUUUCAGAACUGGUAAAGAGAGGGUCUACAGCAGAAGACUUAGGUGAAGGUCAUGCUGAAGCAGCAAGGGUCCAAGGUGUUGGUUUUGCAAGAGAACCCCACCCCUGGGAAGAACCCGGUUCCUCAAAGGUCUCACAUACAACAACUGAGGUAGAAAAUGUAUCUAUGCCUAAUCAACCACCAAGAAAAACUGAAGAUGAUUCUGAGGAUGAAAGUAGGCGAAAAAGAAGACGGGAAGAGAGGAAGGAAGAGAAGCGCGAAAAGCGUGAGAAGAAACAUUCCCAUGAAGAAAGAAAGCAAGAGAAGCGGCAUUCUCGUGAUUCAGAUGACAGGAAGAGACACAAGAAAGACAAGGAGAGGAGGAGACAUGAUUCGGAUUGA